AGUCGCGCGCUCGCGCACGAGUGGCCCGCUGGCUGCCGCGGGUGGAGGGGGCGGUUCCUCGAGUGUCGGCGACCCGAGGGUGGGCAGGCGGGCGGCAGGUGCCGCUGCGGCCACAGCCGCAGCCUCCUGCCGGUGCCGCCUCUCCACGUCCUUCGGCGGGGAUGAGCUGGGCCCGGUCGAGGGCUGCACCUGCCGGCUGCCCAUCACCCCGGGCCUCCCGGCGUGACCUCGGCCUCCUAGCGUGUCCGGACCCCGCGGUGCGGCGCUGCCCCUGAGAGGGAGCAGCGGAGGCCUCCUCCGCCCCGAGUCCUUGCUCGGGGGCCGCGCGGGGACAGCGCCCGGCCCCCUCCCCUCCGCCGUCCGCUGUCCUCAAUGUCUCCCCGGCGGGGAGGGGGCUGCCUGGGAGACACGCAGAGCGGCCCCCCCAAGGAGGCCGGUCGGCGGUGGCAGCAGCAGCGCCCAGCCCGGCGCCCCGCAUCCUCCCCCGGCGGCGGCGGCCUGGAGGAGCCGCGCACCCGCCGCCGCCCCCCAAUCCUCGCAGCCUCAGUUGCCGUCGCCGCAGCCGCCGCCGCCGCCAGGCGCCCGAGGAGAGGGCGGCAGGCGCCCCCCGGGGAAGAUGAAGGCGGAGGGGGGAGAUCACUCCAUGAUCAACCUGUCGGUGCAGCAGGUCCUGAGCCUCUGGGCCCACGGGACGGUGCUGAGGAACCUCACGGAGAUGUGGUACUGGAUCUUCCUCUGGGCUCUCUUCUCCUCCCUGUUCGUCCACGGUGCCGCAGGUGUACUGAUGUUUGUGAUGCUGCAGCGGCAUAGGCAGGGAAGAAUCAUCUCUGUCAUUGCAGUCAGCAUGGGGUUUCUGGCUUCUGUAACCGGAGCCAUGAUUACCAGUGCAGCAGUCGCGGGCAUUUACAGAGUCGCAGGGAAGAACAUGGCCCCUUUGGAAGCGCUGGUAUGGGGAGUUGGACAGACUGUACUGACAAUAAUCAUCUCCUUCUCAAGGAUCCUCGCUACGCUUUGAGGUUUCUGUGGGAAUGUCUUACUUCACCUAAGGAAACAGAUGUACAGAUUCCCUGAAAAUGGCAUGGUUAACAAGUAGAAAUGAAAUUGUGCAAGAAUGCGGACCGAGCGGGUCAAAGCUGAGGAAGACCUUGAGCUGUGUGGAAAGAUUGCCCUCUGGUGUUCAAGUGAUUGCACUACCACACUGCACCUUACGUGCCUCUGUCCCAGGCAAGGUGCACUUAGACUCUAUUGUGAAGCUACAAGAAAAAGCACCUUGUUUAGCUGCCUAUCAGGUUAACAUUGGUGUUGAAACCAUCGUUCUUAACCGUGUUGUGUUAAGUUACAGGGACAUUUUGAGGGAUUGAUGUAUGUGCCAAACUCUUUUCUUUUUGUUGACAUUGAUCAUGUGACAAUUCGCAAGUGUAGAUGUAGAUGAGUGCUGUGAACAUCUUUGACAUGAAUUCAGAUGAUGUAGUAAAACUUUUGUUUUGUAACACUAAAUCCCCUAUGAGUGCUAAAUAUUGAAUCGUUUACUAUGAGAGAAAUUAUUUGAUUUUUAAUGUUGAGUGUUCUGGGAUUUAGGGCUUUAAAAUGUUUAGGCAUUAUUAUUUAAUUUAUAUGGAAAAUAAUAGUCGUCUUCAUGGAAGACUAAACUGUUUUAAGGACUCAAAGUAGAUCUGUAAGGGUUCGUACUUUACACUAACUUAAAUAACACCCUUUUAAUAGUUUUCCUCAUGCAUAAAUGUUCUAUUUAUAUGAAUUCAAAAACUAUGGGUCACACACAUUGAUUGUAGUUUGUGUGUCAUGAAAAUGUAAUUUGAAAAUUUUCCAUAAAUUUUAUAAGAAAAAGGUCUGAAAUGCAUGUUACAUUCUUAGACCCUUCUAAAGAGAGUUUUGGCCUUGUAUCUCAUGGAGAAAACAUCUUUUUAACUAGUAUCUCAGUGGGAUUAUAUUACUUGUUGCAUUAUCUUGAUUUUUGACAAAACAUAAACAGUCUUUCAUUCUGGAGUAUGAACUAUUUUUAGUGAGUGGCCUAAAUUAGGCUCUGGAAAUAAAAAGCCUCACUUGUAGGUAAGUAAUAAGUAAGUUAUGUAGGAAGAGUAAUAAAUAAUGUUACUUUGGAUGUGUGGCAGCAUCAUAAUUUUGCUAAGUAAAAAUUGGGGACUAUAAUAAAUUAUUUUAAAAUUUGGCAUUUACUCUCAGCAUAUCGAUAUAGUACUGAACUUGCAUUUUUUAUUUCAGUUGUUCAGUGCUUGAUUUAUACUAUUAAGUUUAUUCAAGUUUACAAGUUAUGAUUUAGGUUUACUAGAAGAAUCUAUGACGGCAUUUGUUAAAAAUGGAAAUGUCUUUUGCAUAAAAAAUUUUGAGAAGUUUUGGCAAUACAGUUGUAAGAGUGCAGGAAGUGUAGGGGUAACACAGAUCCUGGCUGAAUCGAUCCCCUAAUGAGAUUUUCUUUUUGUUUCUUUAAUGCUGUCUCAAAUAAAGAGGGGACAAUCCCCCAAAAUAAUGUGACACCUUAGCCUCAGUGUUUAACCUAAUUUGGUAUAACAGUGUCUGCUUGGUGUUAUUCAAAUUUAGAUCUUCGUUACCCAUACUAUUUCUCUGCCAAAUGGUUACCAAUGAGGAGAUGAGGAAAGGUACUUUUACCAGUAUGGAAGCCACUUUGGGGGUGGAUUUACUAAGAUUGUGGCUUGAAAUUUGUUUUUCUCUUAAAAAAAAAUACCUAUGAGCAAACUAUGUAUGGAUCUUUGAAGUAAAUCUUAAAAUUGAUUCUUUUUAUUAUGCCUGAAAUUAUUUUCAUGUGUUAUUUAUAUUCCAUAUGUUUUCACAAAUUAAAUUAGGCAUAAUUUUUCCAUGUCAAUUUGAUUUCUUCUUUUCUGUUAGACUUGAAUUCUGUUUUCUCCUUUACUUUGGCUAUUCUGUCAAUAAUUUAAAGCAUUCUUAUUCUUGCAAGGAAAUUACCAAUAACAUGUGGAAAUUAUUUCAGAUCUACAGAAUGAAUAUUUAUUUUAACAUAUGGCUAUUUUAUGGUUUAAAAAAGUUGUGGUAAGGUAAUAUGGAACAUGUGAUCAUAAUCCAGAAUUAACCAGAAAAUAACUUGUACACAUUAAAUGUGUGAAUGCAUGGACCAAAGAAAUUUAAACUCUUGUUUUUACUCUAGAAUGAAAGAGUAUGAAUAUACUUCGGAAUAGUGGUUCUCAACCUUCCUAUUGCUGUGAACCUUUUAUACAGUUAAAAGGGGUCACGACCUACACAGGUUGAGAACCGUGGCUCUAGAAGUAUAAUCGAAAGGUUAAUAGUUUUAGGGUGUCCUGCAGUUAUCAAAUUGCUUUAUAUUAUGAGUUGGGUGUGUGUAUGCUUUGAAUUUUAGGGGGCAUUUUUAGUUUCUUUGCUGUUUUCACUUAUUUCCAUUGAUAUUUUUACAACUGUCACUCUUUUGAAGUUUUCAAGUGCAGUUGAAUAGUGUGAAUUUAUGAAAUUGUCUUAAUAGCUAUUUAUAUGCUGAGAUUUUUUAAAAGUUAGUUUUCCUAUAGAAUAAGAAAUGUUUAAUGAUAUAUAUACACACAUUAUAUAUAUCAUUAUAUACAUAUAUAGAGAGCUGCUAUAUAUGAAUAUAGUCUAACUGGAAAGCUUUUGUUCAAUGAACACGCUCAUAUUCUUAGUGGAGAAUUUGAUAUAUUUGUUCAGUUGAAUGGAUGCUUGAGAAUUUGGAAUUUGGGGAAAUUUUCCUUUUUUCUUUCUUUUCUUCCUUCCUUUCUUUCCUUUCUUUUCUUUCUUUGGUCUCACUAUGUUGCCCUUGAUAGAGUGCUCUGGCGUCAUAGCUCACAGCAGCCUCCAACUCUUGAGAUCAAGUGAUCCUCUUGUCUCAGCCUCCUGAGUAGCUGGGACUAUAUAGGCACCCACCACAACUCCUGGCUAGUUUCUUUUAGAGAUGGGGUCUCACUCUUGCUCAGGCUGGUCUUAAACUCCUGACUUCCAGCAAUCCACCUGUCUCAGCCUCCCAGAGUGCUAGGAUUACAGGUGUGAGCCACUGCACCCAGCUAGGAUGAUUUUCUUGACUUAGCUAGAGACUCUUGUUUAGGACAUGACAAAAGCCCUUAUUGAAAUAUUUAGUUUACACUUUCUUAAAAUUUGUAUGUGACUUAGUAGGAUAUGUUCUCUGUGACAGUAUAGAAAGGAAGAGGGAAAUCCUAUACAGUUGACACUCCUUUAUUUUAAAAAUGUUCAGUGAAUGUUGAUGAUAGUGAAAUCUGUUCUCCAAAGAAGGAGCUUUUGUAUGCCCAAACUAAUUAUCAUUUAACAUACUGACUAAAAAUGUCCAUAAAUCAGAGUUAGUCAGGGCCCUCAUAUAAACUGCAAAUAAUUCUUAAAACCUUUAAAAGAAGGAGGUACAAGUAAUCCGCAUCAUGGCAACAGUUCCAUUGGUUGCCUAGAAUGAUGGCUAUCUUCUGUGCUUGCAACUUAUUAUUAUUUUAGGUCUUACGGUUUACCAAACAGUGUUAUAGUUUGUUACCCAACAUACUUUCUUAGUAUUUGCAGCGUACAUUUCUACUGCCCCCCAAAUUAUAAGGGUUUUGUUUGUACUUUAAAUGAGAAGAAAUAAAUAAGCUGGUCUGCAUAUAUUAGAUAUGUGUGAUACAAGGAAAGGGGUUAAUUAAAAAUCAAAGAAUGUUGUCAGAAAAGCUCUUUAGCAAACCUCUAAUUAAGAUGAGGAGAGUGGGGCUGCCAUGUCAGCAUGCCCCAGCUAACAGACGCAUGCUGACUAAUUCAAUUUUGUAACAGUUUUAGGGGCUAUUGUAUACAAAUUGCUAUACUAAAUAUCUUCUAUAGUGUGUACAAGAAUGACCAAGAUGGAAUUUCUGCCCUAAAGUCCUUCAAGAACCAGCAAGUUGUAUUUUAAAUCUUAGAAUAGUUAGGGUAACUUUUUGCUUCCUCAUUCUAGUUGAGAGUUCUCAUCCUCUGUUUUACCUGCAAAUUCUGAUUUUCCUGGUCUACUAAAUGGACUUUCAGUAACUGAGAUAUCGUUGCUCUGACAUAGUAAAGAGAAUAUUAGACUCUAAGCUAGUGAUGUAAAUUUGAAUUCAGUCUCUGUCACUUGUUAGCUUUUUAAUUUUGAGCAAAUCAUUUAACCUGAGUUUCAGUUCAUAUUCUGCAAAAUGUGAGACUUCAGUUAUUGUGAAAAUUAUUCGAGAUGUUGUGUGAAUGGCAAAGCGGUGUUUGACAAUAAAUGAUCCAGAUAGUCACUAGAAUUUUUCUAAAAAUUUGCUACUAUAAUACCAGUUGAACAUAUUCUUAUAAAAUUCACCUAUUUUCUUCCAUUUUCAUAUUUUUUCCUGAAUAUAUUUUAAGAAGGAAACCAAAAAUAUUCUCUAUAACCUUGGUUCCUUCGAUUCACAUCCUCUCCACUCGUUUAUUUUUAAAAUCAGCAGUUGUUUAUCUGAGAAUCCUUUUGGGAGUUGGUGGUGGUGUAAAUGGCCAGAGCGAGCAGGAUUCAGGUACGAGUUCUGUUUGCCAGGGGUUGAAAUAGGAAGAGGGUAGAGGUGGCUAGCAUCUCCUCCUUUACCUUGUCCUGCUCACCUCAGGCGCGUUCACCCAGCAGGCACUGGAUUGCUCUUACAUGCAGAUGAUCCUCGUUUAUGUAGGGAUGGAAAAGUGAGUAAGAUGGACAGUCCUUCUCUCCUCCUCUCUUCGGCUACCCCUGGGCAGCUGGUGCCAUAGUGUGGUGCCAGGACGGUAGGAAAACCAAGUCCUUCCCUCCAUGGAUCAAAGGUGCAUAAGCCCUAGUCGUCGUUAUUUUGUUUGCUUUUUAUUAAUUUAUAAAGAAACACCGUUAUUUUUCACCGAAGUCUAUUUUGUGAUUCAGGGAGUAACAAGAUGCUAAGAGUAGUUUUCAAAAUAUUUUCAAACUUCUUUCCUUUUGAUAGUACAAAACUUCCUCCCAGAAAAUCUUAAAAUCUCUUCCGUCAUUGCUUGUUCCUAUGAUGAGAGAAUGUGGACAGUUACUGAAGAAAAAUUCCAGUAGACUUAGAUUGCAGAGAAAUUUCCUAAUACUCACUGGGUAACUGGGUAAAUUACAGUUUCUUUUAAUAAUCAGGAGCAAGAUUCUCAAUGUUUAAAGUGGACUAGUAACCACCUGGUCUCAUCAUCUUUCUUGCUGUCCUUUAUAGAACAUCUUGGAAGACUUCAGGGUAUUCAUUUGAUUAAAGGUUGAAACGUUUUUUAAAUAUGUGGUACCAUUCCGUAGCAGAGAGAAGUUUAAAGACAGGAAGAAAUAUUGGAGGGGUAAUGCACAGAAAACCAUGCACAUUUGAUGAAGUACCUUAUGUGACAUUCUGACAGUUCCCCCUUGUGUUCCAACUAGACACUGCACUGUCUGAGGAUGUGCACUGCAUGUUUACAGAAGCCUGUUUUUUUAGUAUCUGAGCUUUGUUGACCACAACACAUCCUGAAAUCCUAUUUUUAAUGCAUCUUUGCAUGUGUGUGGCGGUAGGUUUGCUCUCCUAACUUAAUGACCUCCGCUGAGUGUAGGUACUACAGUGCUGUUAAGGAGGUUGCAGAAUUAGUUACCUAAAAAUGUAUCUUUGAAUUUGGGGGAAAUAAUACUUAGUACAUCAAGCAUUUUCAGUAAAUGUGGAGCUGUACCAGUUAGUACUUUAUUAAAUUAUUGGAAGCACUCAAAUUUCUAAGUGAACUGAGCUGUGAACCAUAAUCAUCUCUUCCCCUACAUUCAGGAGAUUCAUUUUCACGUUCUCUAUCUUGAUUGUAUGUGUUGACUUUACAUAAUAACCCUUUCUUGAUUUUGAGAACUAAUUUAGCAAUUUUCUUAAAAAUCUUCCUCCCCCUUCCAUACAGAUACCAUACAUUACAAGCAUAUGUACAGUGGAUAGAAUUCAAAGUGCUGGUUUAGAAGAGGAUAUUCUUAACACAACGUGGUUCUUCAGCUGUGGUCCUUAAUGAAAAAUAAAUACUACACGCAAGUCAGGAAAGCAUGAAGCUCUUAAAUGGCUUUCUUAGCUUAAAUACUGUACCCAAACACAUCUGCCCUCAAAAUAACAUGUUUAUCCCUCUUUGCAGAAUGUAUCUAAGUAUGUAACUGAAACUGGAAAGUGGUUUGACAUAAAUACAUAGAGGAACUAUAAUGCACUGUCAUCUGGAUCCCAUAACUUUUCUCCUGAAUAUAAAUUGGUAAUUACUAAAAAUCAUCACUUCUUUUAGAGCAGUGAUUGUCAACCUUCGUAAUGCAGUUCCCCGUGGUCACCACAACAUGAGGAACUAUAUUAAAGGGUUGCGGCAUUAGGAAGAUUGAGAACCACUGUUUUAGAGUCCUUGUUUAAACGAAUGUUAACUCCAGAGAACUAACGAUGAAAGGGUUUUUUUUUUUUAGUUAAAGUUAUUUGCAUAUCAUCAUUAAGUAUCUUUGGGAUGGCAAAUUUCAAAGUUUUCUCUGUAGAUAACAAAAUAAAGGCAUUUGUUUGAAUAGUGAUAAAAAUUAUUUCCUUUCAGGACUCGAUGAGUUGGUCGUCUAAUUGUUGACACCUUCUCAGUGUUUGUGAUAUUGGAUACAUUUACGAUGGAGGAAUUUUUAAAAGUUUUGUCCCUCCCCAAUGCCCAUAUUCAGGCGUGAGCCCUACACACUUAAGUGAACAAAUACGAAAUUCCACAGUAUUUUUCUUUUAAGCUUUAUAACCUGGUAAAAUUCAUGAUCUACCAUAAGUAUUAGCUUCUGACCCUAGUCAUCCUUGGGUGAGGGGAUCAACUUUAUCUUAAAGUUAACUAGCUAAAAUGUCAUAUUUAGGUAGCAAAAAAUAGUUUUUCUGAUAUGUAUUAUGACUCACUUUCAAAUUGUGUUAACUCUCAGACCACUGAUGAAACCACAGACAGUUUUCAAAAGCUAAAUGAUGCCUUAGUGCCUUGAAAGUUAAGAUACUUUUGCAAAGUGGAUUUAGGGAGAUUCAGGAUUGGCACCAAUGAGUUGAGUGUGCACACAUCAGCGGUGACUGGGAGUUCAGAGUUUGGGAAGAGCAUAAUCAAAACAAAGCUAUUUCAUUGUAAAUCGGUAUUUGACCCUUGACUAUGAAAGAUGACAGUGACUUUCAUUAUGGUAUUUUCAUGAUGUGGUAUGUUAUUUUUCUCUAUUUUUUUCUUUUUCCAAGUAAGUAUGAAAUGGGGAAAAAUGUAGUCAAGAAAAGUAAAUGAGGGAUUUUAAAUUUUAAUUUUGUUGUAAACUAGAAAUUCUAGUGUGAAAGUGUUAGUUUUGUACUGUAGUACAAGGGCAGAUUUAUGUAACCUUUAGAAAUAUGUUUACCAUCAGGGAUUUAUUUUUACUAUAGAAAUACUAAAUGUACUGUGAAGCUUAAAGACAGGAAGAAUAAAAGUUGGAGAGGUAAUACACACAAACAAAGGCAUUUUUGAUGAAAUGCCCUACAUUAUGUGAACACAAUUUUCCCGCUUCUGUUACGACUAUAAACUACACUGUAUGAGUAUGUGUGCUGCAUGUUUACAUAAUACAGUUUAAUUUUGAAGGAUUAUUUAAAAGAACUAUGUUUAUAUAUAAUGCCUAACAAGCUGUAAAUAUUGUAUACUAUUGAUUUUUAAUUUUAUAUAAGCAAUUUUUUAUUUCCCAAUUCAUGUACAAAUCUCACUGUGUAUAUAACAUAAUUUCCUGGAGAACACAGAUUUUUCAGUGAAUUUUAAGUAUUUUAAUUGCGGUAAGCAUCGGGUUAGCCUUAGAGAUGUUGAUUUUAUUUUAAAUUAUUUUUUGCCAUUUUCAUUUUCUUCAAAGGGCAGCAAUAAACAUAUGCAAGUUUUUUUUGAUGACAGAAAGUUGGUCUACAAAGCAAAGAUCUAGGUUCCAACACAUUGCUUUAAAGAAAACAUGCACAAUCAAUAUGACCCAGUGUCUACUCACAGGCCCUUCUCUGAGGGCCACACGUGGCUCUCCUCUUUGUAAUUACACAGGGUGAACUCUCUACUGAUACACACACAAAACAGCUGUUAAAAGGGAAUCAAUCCAGCUCUGAAACGUCAUUACACAGAAUUUAUUGGAUUAAAAAUUUGUAAUAUACAGUAUUUUAAUAAAGUUUCUGUAUUCAAUUUCAUGCACUUAUAUAUAAAUAAACCCGUCUUUGAAAGCUU